CUAAGCGAGGCCAAGGCUGCCUUCCGAGGCGAGCUCAGAAGAGUCCGAAUGAAAGAAUAACAACGCCUCGCAGGUUCAUUUGAGUGUGCCCGCUUUCCGUAACCGCCCUCUCCCCGCCCGCCGCCGGUGCAACCCAGGGGCUGGGGUUUGCAAGCCAAAUAAUGCCGCUGCCGGAAAGCGGCCAAGGCGACCACUCGGGCUGCCUCCUACGGCGAGUCACCUGGCUGGCUGGCUGGCUGGCCGCUCGCUCCCGUCCCCCGCUCCACCUCUUGACAGUCGCAGCCGGGGUGGAUUACAACCCCAGCGGGACGAACAUGGGAAGGUCGCCGAGCGUCGGGCGGCGCGGCUGAAGGCUUAGGUCUUCCUCGUCAAACCCCCUUCCUUCUCCCCCCCCCCCACGGACCCCUUCCCCCUCUCCCUCCGCGGUCGCUGUUCCUUAAUCCGAAAAGCCGCCUUCGCCCCAAAGCCAUGGAAGAUUGCGCCCUGCCCGACCUGCGGGACGUCGAGCUCAAGCUGGGGCGCAAAGUCCCCGAGAGCCUCGCGCGCUCCUUGCGCGGGGAGGAGACCGCCGUCACCCGCGACAGGGAAAAAGACCGGGAGCAGCCCGGCGGAGGGCCUGGUGUCGCCGGCUUCUCCGCUGCUCGAGCCCCCCGAGCCGCCAUGCUUGGCGGUGGCGGUGGCGGUGGCGGCGGCGGCGGCUCCAGCGCGCUGGAAAGACUGGAGACCAAACUUCACCUCCUCAGGCAAGAAAUGGUUGAUCUCAGAGCCACUGAUGUCAAGCUCAUGCGACAGCUGUUGAUCAUCAAUGAAAGCAUUGAAUCCAUCAAGUGGAUCAUUGAGGAAAAAGGAACCAUCACCAGCAGGGGCAGCAGCUUGAGUGGCAGCCUUUGUAGUUUGUUGGGCAGCCAGGAUACCUCCUUGAGAGGCAGCUACAACAGCUUGCAAGACUGUAGUGAUGGACUGGAUGGGAUAUCGGUGGGAAGUUACCUGGACACUUUGGUGGAUGAUAUCCCUGGCCAGCAUACUCCGUCAGAUGUGGACCAGUUCAGUGACUCUUCUCUCAUAGAUGACUCACAGCCCCUACAUAAACAUCCCAAGAUGGAAUCCAACGAGUACUACUGUUUUGGUUAAUAAAAUGAAGAUCUACGAGAGACACGUGUGCACUUGUAUUUAUGAUUCCUCUAUGCUGCUAUUUGAUGUAAGCAUUUUUAAAGCACCUUUAGCAAAGACAAUGUACUUUAAAUUUGCUCCUCUCUCUCUCGGUUGCUGCUCCUAGAUCUUAUUCUCCUUUCUUCCUUGGAUGGUUGCCCUCCUUUUUUUAAUUUUAAUUUAUUGUGAUUUCUUUCUCCUUUUUUUUUGAUAAUAUCCCAUUUGACUUCUCUUUUUUUAUAAAAAAUAAAGAUAAAGGAAAUUUAUCUGCAAUCCUAAGUGCAUGAAUGAACUUUUACUUAAUUCUGCAUCUUGCAGACAAUAAAACACUUCCAUUAUCUGAAGAUUGGA